GUUAUGGAAGGAAGGCUUGGAUCGCUUGACGAAAGUCAAAACAACACCAACGCCGUCGUCACGCGACUCGAGCAGCGGUUAGAGGAAGUCCUGCGCGCGAUCCAGCAACAACCCCCACAUCAUCGCGAAGAUCCCCCGAGGCGCGAACCACGCCAGGAUGCCGAUCGCACACUAUUCCCACGGCGUGAGGAUCGACGCGAGCAACGGCGCGCGCGCGAACAGGACGAGGACCGGCGACGCGAGGGUUACGAACACGAGGAGGAUUUCGAUCAGCGGUCGCAGACGUCCACCUACCGUGAACGGCCGAAGCCCGACAAGUCAAGAUUCGUGAU